CGUACUGGGGUUGCGCUGCGUGGCGCCGAGCGCUAGCUGCUCCGCCCGCCUCUGCCCGCUGCUUGGCCGCUUCUCUGCACCUUUAGAAUCCAGGUCUCCCCCAAACCCGGGGCUCUCACUCGCCUGUUUGCUGCUUCUGCUGUUGCUGCCGCCGCCGCCGCCGCCGCCGCCGCCACUACUGCUGCCGCCUGGACCAUGACCAGCUGCUUGCAGCUGCAGAACUGCCGGGCCCUGCGCUUGGCCUGGCCGCCUCCAGGCGCCAAUCCCCGCCCCCUCUACCCUCUUGCUCUCCCGCCUCUGCCUGCGGCGGGGCCUGGUCCCCACCCGCUCCGAGGCUACAGCGGGGGUUCGGCCUGGCUCCCAGGGGCUCUGCUGCGCACCGACUCCUUUGUGGGGGGCCGCUGGCUGCCUGCCGCCGCGGGCACCUUCCCAGUGCAAGACCCGGCUAGCGGUGCCCAGCUAGGACGAGUGGCCGACUGCGGGGCUGCCGAGGCCCGGGGGGCCGUGAACGCUGCCCACCAGGCGUUCUGCAGCUGGAAGGGGGUCUCCGCCAAGGAAAGGAGUUCAUUACUGCGAAAAUGGUAUGAUCUGAUGAUAAAGAAUAAAGAUGACCUUGCCAAGAUAAUCACAGCUGAAAAUGGAAAGCCCCUAAAGGAAGCCCAAGGAGAAAUUCUUUAUUCAGCCUUUUUCUUGGAGUGGUUUUCCGAAGAAGCACGACGCAUUUAUGGAGACAUCAUUCAUACCCCUGCAAAGGAUAGGCGGGGCCUGGUCUUGAAGCAGCCUGUUGGGGUGGCUGCCAUCAUCACCCCAUGGAAUUUUCCCAGUGCUAUGAUUACCCGAAAGGUAGGAGCAGCUUUGGCAGCUGGUUGCACAGUGGUGGUGAAACCUGCAGAAGAUACACCUUUUUCUGCCCUGGCUCUUGGUGAGCUUGCCAACCAAGCAGGAAUUCCUGCAGGUGUUUAUAAUGUGGUUCCCUGCUCUCGUGAGAAGGCCAAGGAGGUCGGGGAAGCUCUUUGCACUGAUCCAUUGGUAUCCAAAAUUUCUUUUACUGGCUCGACAGCAACCGGAAAGAUUCUGUUGCAUUAUGCUGCUGACUCUGUGAAGAGGGUCUCCAUGGAGCUAGGGGGGCAUGCCCCGUUUAUCGUGUUUGACAGUGCCAAUGUGGACCAAGCGGUGGCAGGGGCCCUGGCUUCCAAAUACAGAAAUUCUGGUCAGACAUGUAUUUGUGCCAAUCGUUUCUUGGUGCAAAAGGGGAUCCAUGAUUCCUUCGUGAAGAAGUUUGCUGAAGCCAUUAAUAGAGAGCUGCGUGUAGGUCAUGGAUUUGAGGAGAGAACCACCCAAGGCCCAUUGAUUAAUGAAAAAGCAGUGGAAAAGGUAGAGAAACAGGUGAAUGAUGCAGUUUCCAAAGGAGCCACCAUUGUGACAGGAGGGAAAAGGCACAGCUUUGGGAAAAACUUUUUCGAGCCAACCCUCCUUAGUAACGUCACCUCAAAAAUGCUAUGUUCUCAGGAAGAAACUUUUGGCCCCCUGGCACCAGUUAUUAAAUUUGAUACAGAAGAAGAAGCCCUGGCUAUCGCCAAUGCAAUGAAUGUGGGUUUAGCAGGUUAUUUUUACUCUCAGGAUCCAGCCCAGAUCUGGAGGGUGGCUGAGCAGCUAGAAGUUGGCAUGGUUGGAGUUAACGAGGGAUUGUUGUCCACGGUGGAAUGCCCUUUUGGUGGGGUGAAGCAGUCUGGUCUUGGACGAGAAGGUUCAAAGUAUGGUAUUGAUGAAUAUCUGGAACUGAAGUAUGUGUGUUAUGGUGGCUUAUAGGAAUCACCAGGUGUUCUGUAACUUAGGGGGAAAAAAUCCCUCCCCAGAUGUUAGAGAAUGCCAUCUAAUAUAUUUUAAAUAAAUCUUUAGAGUCCUUAUAAAUGACCUAUAAAUGUGAAUUUAAAAAGCCCUCAUCCAGUCCCACAUCAUCUUGUGUGUUAGCUGAUAGUGGUCCUCAGAUUCUUGACAGGAACAAAAAGUGAAACCUGUAAGUGUCCUUCCUGCUUGUAGUAUGCUGAGGCUGAGUUUCAGGUAGUGAUUUCCAGCCUUACCACGGUGCUGCCACCUACUACUGAGAAGAGUUCAGCAAGAAUGUCCCUCAUGCUGUGGUUAGGAGUGGGUGGUUAGUACUGAAAGCACCAGAAUAACCAUACCAUAAGCCCAUUUGACCUCUAACAAGGUUCCAUAGCAUGGCGGGCCUCGGUGUGAGGAGGAAAUGCCUUCUUGCACAUUCUUGCUGCCUGGGCGUUGCAAUUGAGGUGCAAUCUGGUCUAUUUUUAAAAACAGUUUGAAAUAGUACAGGGUGCCUGUGUUUCUUUGUGGACAGAAGGAACAUUUCCUCUCUUUUUCUAUCUCUGGCUCACUUCUUAAAAUUGAAGUCUACAAUUUGUGUUUACUGAAAGGAAGAAAAAAUUGUGUAGGCCGUUUCACGUCUUUUCCUUAUUUAAGAAGUAAGCAGGGGACUGAAGCUGAGAACUGUGAGUUUGGAGAAGGAACUCCAGAGUGGACGUCGGGAUACCUAGAUUUAAGUAUCUAAACUACUAAUGU